AUGCCGGGUCAACAAAGCAGCUGGUGGUCUCGAGUAAGCGGCGGAGGCAAGGUUGGCUUCGACAAGGCUUGGAAUCUCGUCGACAAACUCGGUGCCCCCGUAAACAAACUGAGCAACAAACUGGGCUCCGAAGCCUUCUGGCCCACCACCCUCGACAAGGAGAGCGACAAGGCCGCGCGCAUCUUGCGCAGUUUCUGCAAGGAUGGCUUCUACCAGGAGGAAGCAACGACCGCGGCGACCGACGGCCCCACGGCGAAACAAAAGGUCCUCAAACACAUUCCACCAGAAAAUGCAAAAGGCCUCGCCAUCUUCACAACAAUGCGCACCGGUCUCUGGGUCUCGGGUGCCGGCGGUUCCGGUGUCUUGGUCGCCAGAACUCCUGAUGGCAGCUGGUCACCACCCUCAGGCAUCAUGCUACAUACCGCCGGCCUCGGCUUCUUGGUCGGAGUCGACAUUUACGACUGCGUAGUUGUCAUCAACUCCCAGAAAGCUCUUGACGCUUUCUCCAAAAUCAGAUGUACCCUGGGAGGAGAAGUCAGUGCUGUCGCAGGUCCUGUAGGAGCCGGCGGCAUGCUCGAGACCGAAAUUCACAAGAGGCAAGCUCCUAUAUUUACUUACCUUAAGUCGCGCGGCUUCUACGCCGGUGUUCAGAUCGACGGUACCGUCGUCAUUGAAAGAACCGACGAGAACGAGCGCUUUUACAACGAAAAAAUCUCUGUAGGCGACAUUCUAGCUGGCAGGAUACGCCAUCCCCCUGUCGAGUGUCGACCCCUUCUCGAGACCAUCAAGGCUGCUCAAGGCGACAACGAUGUCGAUCAGUCUAUGCUUCCGUCAGCUCCGCCGCCGAGCGACUUGGACAUCAACAACCCCGACCAUUUCUUCGGCAUUCCAGACAAAGAAGAUCCUGACCCUUAUGGCGUUCUCGCUCUCGAAAAAGAAGGAAUGAGCAUCCGCGAAGCAGGCACACAGAAACGAGCCAGUUGGGAACAGUUCAAUUUCCAGCCUUCUCCGACUAGCCCCAUCUUCACCACCUUUGGCCGACCGAGUUUCGACAAGAAUGGAAAUCGCAACCGCAGCAGUAGCAACUCUACCUGGAAGACCUCCAACCUCUCGCAAACUGCCAUUUCGACUGCAAGCACAGCAGUCGAGAAGCCCAAACGAUCUAGUGUCACUCGUUCCAUGUCAGACAUGUGCACCCAGACCGACUUCCCCGAGCCCAUCAGCCCACGCGUGGGCAGCUUCCGUAGCCGUCAAAGCAGUCUUCACGAAAUAGCUGAAGAUAGUACAGUGGUCUCGGAGCCGCGCCCUAAGAUUGAUCGCAAUCCGAGCUCGCGUUCAACCCGUUCAAGCCCGAGACGCUCCUCAUUCCGCUCGUCUCAUCGCCGCACCGACAGCGGCAGCGACUCACGCUCAGACUCUCCUCCACAGCAACCGACUCCCGUAAAAACCGAAAACAAGGAUAUUGCAGAGGAGAGCUUUGAUGACGUUGACGCAGACGGCGAGGACACUGCUGACGAAGCCAUCAUUGAAGAGCCCGUCGUGCACUCGGUGCAGAAAGCUACAGCUCCUCAAUUCAUCUCUCGUGCUCGUCUUGUCGAGGUCCCAAAGCGUAUCACACCCAAACUCCCUCCCCGUAACCCCAACCGUGGCAAGGGCCCGGUAGUAAUCAACGCCGAACCUGGAGCACAGCGUCCUUCUUCCACCGAGCUUUCAAGCCCUGAAGAGUCUCCUCUCAAGACCAACAAGCCUGAUUGGAGUGCGCCUUCCAGCCCCAACAAGCUAGGCGCUGACAUCAGUCCUGGCUUUGCAGACCCAUCACCUAGUCCUGGCGAAGAACGAAACCCUUGGGGUCACAUUCUGGCAGAGCACAAAAGAAAUGAGAGCAAAGACUCUCUCGAUAUGCCUGGAACCUUCCACUCUUUGCCUCCAACUCCGGACGAGACUAGAGAGGGCGCCCACACGUCCUAG